CGUCCCCCGUGUAUCUCAGAUGCCGACCGUCACUUCUGCGCGUAGGCAUCGGCCGUGUCCUGGCGAGGGAGCCGAUGAUGUCCGUCUGUGAAGGUCCUGGCCCCUGAGAGCGAAGGUGGAAGGAAGCCUUAUUCCUGGCGCCAUGGAGGACAAGCGGAACAUCCAGAUCAUAGAGUGGGAGCAUCUAGACAAGAAGAAGUUUUAUGUGUUUGGGGUAUGUAUGACUAUGAUGAUCCGGGUGAGCGUCUACCCCUUCACCCUCAUCCGGACCAGGCUGCAGGUGCAGAAGGGGAAAAGCCUCUACAAUGGGACGUUCGACGCCUUCGUGAAGAUUCUGAGGUCGGAAGGAGUCGCCGGGUUUUACCGGGGGUUCCUGGUCAACACCUUCACGCUGAUCUCUGGACAGUGCUACGUGACCACGUACGAACUGACCCGAAAGUACGUGUCCGGGUACAGUAGCAGUAACACUGUGAAGUCGCUGGUGGCCGGUGGCUCGGCGUCGCUGGUGGCCCAGAGUAUUACCGUGCCCAUAGACGUAAUCUCCCAGCACCUCAUGAUGCAGAGGAAGGGUGAAAGCAUGGGACGCUUCCGGGUUCACACAGCGGACAGGAAGCAGGCGGUGGCUUUCGGGCAGACCAAGGAUAUCAUCAAGCAGAUCUUCAGAGCGGACGGUUUCAGAGGUUUCUACAGGGGUUACGUUGCCUCUCUUCUCACCUACAUCCCAAACAGCGCAGUAUGGUGGCCUUUCUACCACUUCUAUGCCGAGCAAUUAUCCCGUCUAUCCCCAAAGGAUUGCCCUCAUCUCCUCCUCCAAGCCAUAUCCGGGCCGCUGGCUGCAGCCACUGCAGCUACCCUGACCAACCCCAUGGAUGUGAUAAGGGCACGUGUGCAGGUGGAAGGCAAGCGUUCUAUCAUCAACACCUUCAAGCAGCUGAUGGCAGAAGAAGGGCCCUGGGGCCUCACCAAAGGUCUCUCGGCGCGCAUCAUAUCCUCCACGCCGUCCACCAUAGUCAUUGUGGUGGGUUACGAGACUUUGAAAAAGAUCAGCCUCCGUCCGGAGUUGGUUGACGCCAGACAUUGGUGAUCCCGUUCCUAGAACCGGGAAGGAGCACGGAAUCUUUAAUUAGGAGUGGAGGUUCCAUUUUAAGGGAUGAGGCAGGCGAAGCGGCGUGAGGAACAUCUGGAGAACAUUGACUUGUUUCUGAUGUUGGUCGCGUAGAUAAGACGGUUUGAGAGCUACGUUGGUUGCCUCUACCGCUCCUGGACUUAAUUGUGGACAACAUGAGCCACUGGGGAGACGCGGGAACCAGAGCCCCCCCCCAUCAUUCUAUACAUGGACUUAACCCUUCUAUGUACAUAGUGUGUUUUCUUAGUAAUUUCACACGUGAGUGACACGAGUCUGUGGUAAUUUCCUGUCCCUGAAUUACCUUCCUUAUUUCUUUCCACUAUUUUUGGUUUUAGAAAGGAGCUUAUGUUUUAAUUUUUUUUUUUUAAACAAAUUGAAAUCGGUUUUAUUUAAUGUGGUUGCCAAACGGUGAUAUGUUUACAGAGGUGUAUAGAAGCCUGAGUCAGCAUCGCUACAGAUUCCUGUUUUGAUUGACCCCUCCUUCUCAGUACAAAUUU